AUGAGUAACCUCCUCCUCGUCCCCUCCGACAUCACCAUCAUUGAGGAGAAGAACAAGAUAGCCAAAAGGCGUAUACGUCUGCUGGAGAAGACUGGACUAGCCCUCAUGUUCCCAGUUUUCCAUUGGCGCUACUCUAAGCUCGACAAGCAUGACAUGUACAACAUCCUCAGGCGCAAGUUCGAUCCCUCGGCCAGCGAUCCGGCUAUAGACAUCUGCCGUAGGAGGCAGGAAAGUGUCCGUCGCAGAGUUAUCGCCCAGAACGGCCUGCUACCAGGACUUCUAUUGGGUGUCAGUCUACCCUGGUGGAGUCUCAGGAGAUACAACUACCAAAGCAAGCUCAUCGUGCUCCCCUUCUGUGCCUACUUUGGGGCUAUAUGCGGCCGUAUUGCUGGGCAUGGGCUGAGCUGGAGAUGGGUCGAGACUGAUCGUCAGAGAAUGCUUGGCAACUUGCCGGCUAAGGUCUACUAUAGGCCCAAGAGCAUGGCGGCGUCGGCUGAAGCCUCGGAAGAAGAGUAG